CCGCGCCCACCGCAGCCCGGCCGGCCGGCCGGGCAGAACCGGGCGCGCAAGGCGGCGAGCGCGGGGCGUCGGUGCCCUUGGCCAUGGCGGCUGCGGCGGUCCUGCUGGGCCUGGCGCUCCUGGCGCCGCGGGCGGCCGGCGCGGGCAUGGGCGCGUGUUACGACGGCGCGGGGCGCCCGCAGCGCUGCCUGCCCGUGUUCGAGAACGCGGCGUUCGGCCGGCGCGCCGAGGCCUCGCACACGUGCGGCCGCCCGCCCGAGGACUUCUGCCCCCACGUGGGCGCGCCGGGCGCGGGGGCGCAGUGCCAGCGCUGCGACGCCGACGACCCCCAGCUUCACCACGACGCCUCCUACCUCACCGACUUCCACAGCCAGGACGACAGCACCUGGUGGCAGAGCCCGUCCAUGGCCUUCGGCGUACAGUACCCCACCUCGGUCAACAUCACCCUCCGUCUGGGGAAAGCCUACGAGAUCACCUACGUGAGGCUGAAGUUCCACACCAGUCGCCCCGAGAGCUUUGCCAUCUACAAGCGCACCCACGCGGGCAGCCCGUGGGAACCCUACCAGUACUAUAGUGCCUCCUGCCAGAGGACCUACGGCAGGCCCGAGGGCCACUCCCUGCGCCCCGGUGAGGACGAGCGCGUGGCCUUCUGCACCUCCGAUUUCAGCGACAUCUCCCCGCUGAGCGGGGGCAACGUGGCCUUCUCCACCCUGGAGGGCCGGCCCAGCGCUUACAACUUCGAGGAGAGCCCCGUGUUGCAGGAGUGGGUCACCAGCACCGAGCUACUCAUCUCCCUGGACCGGCUCAACACGUUCGGGGAUGACAUCUUCAAGGACCCCAAGGUGUUGCAGUCCUAUUACUAUGCCGUGUCUGACUUCUCCGUGGGCGGCAGGUGCCAGUGCCACGGACAUGCCAGCGAGUGUGGGCCCGAGGAGGCGGGCCGGCUGGCCUGCAGGUGCCAGCACAACACCACGGGCGUCGACUGCGAGCGCUGUCUGCCCUUCUUCCAGGACCGCCCGUGGGCCCGGGGCACCGCUGAGGCCGCCAACGAGUGUGUGCCUUGCAAUUGCAACGGCCACUCUGAGGAGUGUGUGUUCGACCGGGACCUCUUCCGCGGUACGGGCCACGGCGGCCGCUGCCUGCGCUGCCGGGACCACACGGCCGGGCCACACUGCGAGCGCUGCCAGGAGGACUUCUAUCGCUGGAGCCCCCGGACGCCGUGCCAGCCCUGCGACUGCCACCCGGCAGGUUCGCUACGUCUCCAGUGCGAUGACUCGGGCACCUGUGCCUGCAAGGCCACCGUCACAGGCUGGAAGUGUGACCGCUGCCUGCCCGGGUUCCACUCACUCAGUGAGGGAGGCUGCCGACCCUGCACCUGCAAUCCUGCUGGCAGCCUGGGCACCUGUGACCCGCACAGUGGACGCUGCCCCUGCAAGGAGAACGUGGAAGGCAAGCAGUGUGACAGAUGCCGUCCAGGGACGUUCAACCUGCAGCCCCAUAACCCAGCCGGCUGCAGCAGCUGCUUUUGCUUUGGCCACUCCAAGGUGUGCUCGGCCGCUGCCCAGUUUCGGGAGCACCACAUCCUCUCCGACCUCCGCCAGGGAGCCGAGGGCUGGCGGGCCGGAAGUGUGGGGGGCCCAGAGCAUCCCGCACAGUGGAGCCCAAGGGGGCUGCUCCUGAAUCCAGAAGGCGAGGAGGAGCUCACACUACCAGAGAAAUUCCUGGGAGACCAGCGGUUCAGCUAUGGACAGCCCAUCACCCUGACCUUCUGGAUCCCCCCCGGGGGCUCCCCACUCCCCGUGCGGCUGAGGCUGGAAGGGGCGGGCCUGGCCCUGGCUCUACGACCCUCCAGCCUGUCGGGCCCCCGGGACGCUGGGCAGCCGGGGGAGGCCCAGCUCACGUUCCAGUUGCAGGAGACCUCUGAGGACGCGGCCCCUCCGCUGCCCCCCUUCCACUUCCAGCAGCUGCUCGCCAAUCUGACGGCUCUGCGCAUCCGGGCCGGCGGCCAGAGCACAAGCCCUUCCGAGACAUCUGAAGGUCAGAGAAGUAGGACACUGGCUGAAGGUCGUGGAACUGGCCAGGUAUUCCUGACUGAGGUACGGCUCACGUCAGCCCAGCGGGGGCUCUCCCCACCAGCCUCCUGGGUAGAGACUUGCUCAUGUCCCAAAGGGUACACAGGCCAGUUCUGUGAAUCCUGCGCUCCAGGAUACAAGAGGGAGACACCACUGGGGGGUCCCUAUACCAGCUGUGUCCCCUGCACCUGCAACCAGCAUGGCACCUGUGACCCCCACACAGGGAUCUGCCUGUGUGGCCACCACACCGAGGGUCCGUCCUGUGAGCGCUGUCUGCCAGGUUUCUAUGGCAGCCCCUUCGCAGGCCGAGCCGAUGACUGUCAGCCUUGUCCGUGCCCUGGACAGUCGGCCUGCACAGCCAUCCCAGAGAGCAGGGAGGUAGUGUGCACCCACUGCCCCCCAGGCCGGAGAGGGCGGCGCUGUGAGAUCUGUGAUGACGGCUAUUUUGGGGACCCUCUGGGGCUCUCUGGGGCCCCCCAGCCCUGCCGGCGGUGCCAGUGCAGUGGGAACGUAGACCCCAACGCCGUGGGCAACUGUGACCCCCAGUCUGGCCGCUGCCUGCGUUGCCUGCACAACACGACAGGUGCCCACUGUGAGCGCUGCGAGGAAGGCUUCUACGGGAGCGCCCUGGCCCCUCGGCCCGCAGACAAAUGCACGCCCUGCAGCUGCAACCCGGGGGGCUCAGUCAGUGAGCAGAGACCCUGCGACCCGGCGAGCGGCCGGUGCACCUGCCUGCCUCAUGUGACGGGACGGGACUGUAGCCACUGCAGCCCCGGUUUCUAUGACCUCCGGCCCGGGAGGGGCUGCCGGAGCUGCAAGUGUCACCCGCUGGGCUCCCAGGAGGACCGGUGUCACCCCAAGACCGGGCAGUGCCCCUGUCGUCCAGGCGUUGAGGGCCAGGCCUGCGACAGAUGCCAGCUGGGUUUCUUCGGCUUCUCCAUCAAGGGAUGCCGAGCCUGCAGGUGCUCCCCGGUGGGGGCCGCCUCGGCACAAUGCCACGAGAACGGCACAUGCUUGUGCAGGCCUGGCUUCGUGGGGUACAAGUGUGAUCACUGUCAGGAAAACUUCUUCGUCACGGCCGGUGGCACACACUGUCAGGAGUGCCCGUCCUGCUACGCCCUGGUGAAGGAGGAGGCUUCCAAGCUGAAGGCCAGGCUGACCCUGAUGGAGGGGUGGCUGCAGGGGUCUGACUGUAGUGAGCCCUGGGGACCACUGCACAUUCUGCAGGGAGAGGCCCCACGGGGAGACGUCUACCAGGGACGUCUGCUGCAAGGAGCCCGGGAAGCCUUCCAGGAGCAGGUGACAGGCCUCGAAGGUGCUGUGAAGGCUGCCCGGGAGCAGCUGCGCGCACUGAGCAGGAGUGUCCACUGUGCCCGGGCCGGAACAGAGAAGACCUGCAUCCAGCUGGCGGACCUAGAUGCAGCGCUGGAGUCCUCGGAGGAGGAGAUUCUGCAGGCGGCCCUUGUCCUCAGAUCUCUGGUGAUUCCUCAGGAAGGGUCCAGCCAGCCCACCACCUGGAGCCACCUGGCCACCGAAGCCCGUGCCCUUGCCAGGAGCCACAGGGACACCACUGCCAAGAUUGAGGCCACUGCGCGGAGGGCCCUAGUCGCCUCCAACACCAGUUAUGCGCUUCUCUGGAGUCUGGUGGAGGGCACAGUGGCCCUGGAGGCCCAGCAGGAACUGGAGGACAGGUACCAGGAGGUCCAGGCCGCCCAGAAGGCGUUGGGCACGGCUGCGGCAGAGGCGCUGCCCGAAGCUGGGAGGGCGCUGGCCGCCGCGCAGCAAGCUGAUGCGGAUGCAGCCCUGCGCCCGGCCUCGCUGGCCGCCCCUGCAGGACUGAAGUCCGAGGCCGGGGCCCUGGGUCUGAAGGCACAGGCCCUGGAGAAGACAGUUGCAUCUAGAGAGCGUGUGGUCACCGAGGCUGCCCGGGUCCUCCAGGCCACUGCCCAGGCCGUGCUGCGGAAGACCGAGCCCCUCACACAGCUACGCCAGCAGGCCAGAGCCGCCCUGACCCGGGCUUCCUCAUCCGUCCAGGCUGCCACAGUGACUGUCACGGGAGCCAGGACCCUGCUGGCCGACCUGGAGGGAAUGAAGCCGCAGUUUCCUUCGCCCAAGGACCGGGCCACGCUGGGGAGGAAGGCAGGCGUGGUCAGGGGCAGGCUCCUUCCAGACUUGAAAAAGAAGACCAAGCAGGCGGAGAGGAUGCUGGGAAAUGCGGCGUCUGUCUCCUCCAGUGCCAAGAAGAAGGGCCGCGAAGCCAAGAUGUUGGCUGAGGACAGUGCUAAGCUCGCCAGGGCCUUGCUGAGGGACGGGAAGCAGGAGCAUCGCCGGGCAGGCCGGCUGUCCAGCCAGGCGCAGGCGACGCUCCGACAGGCCUCGCGGCAGGUGCUAGCCUCACAAACCCGCCGACAGGAGCUGGAGAAAGCCGAGCAGGUGGGUGCCGGGCUGCGUGCCGUGGAGCGACAGAUCUGGGAAUCGCGCACGUCCCUGGAAGAGGACGUCCAGGCCUUGUUGGAGCUACUUGCCAGGCUGGGGUCACUGGACACCCACCACGCCCCAGCCCAGGCCCUGAACGAGACCCAGUGGGCACUGGAGCGCCUGAGGCUGCGGCUGAGCCCGCCGGGGGCCCUGCAGGGGAAACUGAGGCUGUUGGAGCAGGAGUCCAAGCAGCAGGAGCUGCAGAUCCAGAGCUUCGAGAACGACCUCGCGGAGAUCCGUGCUGACAAGCAGAACCUGGAAGCCAUUCUGCAGAGCCUGCCCAAGAGCUGUGCCAGCUGGCGGUGAGGGCCGCCCAGACCCCCCCGCUGCGGCCCUAGCCCGGGCACGCACCCGCCACAGCCUGCUGCUCGGUGUGCCCACCCCAAGGGGAUCCUCACGUCGCCUUCCAAGCCCAUGCCUGCAUCCCCUCCGUUCCCGCCAGCGUGGAGGUACAUACGCGGUUCAGCCAGGCGGCCGUGCCCACCUCCAUUGGCGCACGUCCCGUGCCGUGACGCAUAAACACGCACACCGCGUGUCAAUAGCACGUCCACAAUACCUGUGGACACAACGUGCACACGCAUGCAAGUCCCUCUCUCCAUGCCCACGUUGCAGUCGGUCCACAGUCAAGUACUGAGUUCUGGAUGCUGGAGGAGUUAUGUUAGCUACCUUCUGGCACUAACAUACCCACUCUUGGCUCCUGAAGGCAAGGACCCAGGCCGAGUCGGUGCUUAAGAGGCUGAGGGGGGCCAUCUGCAGAGAUCGGGGUGGGGUUCCGCAAGAGCCAGAGCCCCCAGCCCCAGAGCUACCCCCUGUCCCGCAGCUUCCCACCUGCCACACACACACACACACCCCGAGCAGCUCAGUGCAGCCGAGGGACCAGAUCCUAGGAGGGGGGGUCUCAGCAGUGGAGCCUGAGGCCCGGGGACUCCUGGGGCCAUGGCACAGCCUGUGCAGUUGGCUGGGAAGAUGGCCCACCCCUGCACGGCUACCACUGACUUUGUAGAAUACUUUGUUCUGAAGAUCCUGGGAAUCACAUGCCCUGGGCCCCGGUGCACCUUUCGGCCUGUGGCCCAUCCAAAAAAGCUGCACCUCAAGGGCCUGAAGGGGCCUGGGUCGGGGAGACUGGGGUCAUGUGGGAGCUCCUCUUUGUAACCCCCCGACCCCAGUUGGCCUUUGACUGACUGACACUGACCCUAAGGCCCUGUGGCCCCACCUGCCACCAGGGAGGCCCCUGCAGGGUGUGGAGGCCUGGCUGCCACUCUGGUCCGUCCUGCUGGGGAGUCCCCCUGUGGCCAGGCCCCCCCUGCCAGCCUCCGUCCAGAAUUCCUGGUACUUUCUCCCGGGGCCCCGCCCCUUUCCCAGGGCCCUCUUCCUGGUAGACAGCAGAUAGUCUGCCCUGGGACAGGUGCUUCAGGGGACCCACCACCCCUCCCAUGGCUCUUUUGGCCCCAGGCAGGGGGCACUGGCAGCAGCAUGAACCAGUUCUGUGUAAUGUGAAAAUAAAGGACCCCUUUACCCGC